AUGGGAAAACGUAAUAUUAAGAAAAUGGAAGAGAUUGUUCGCUCAAUGCUGCAGUACAAGUCGAAAGCUGAGCAGCUGAAACAAGAGAAAACGACCCUGACCGUUGCGUACGAGACGCGGCUGCACCAGAUCCACGGGGCCGUGGCGAAGCUGGGCCUCGAGAACGACGCCCUCAAGCAGCAGCUGCGCUCUCUCGAGGCGGCGUCAAAUGGCGCAAGGGGCCUAGGAGAUGUUGAACGUUCUGUACGAGUGGUGGAGUUGACGGGGUCCGAGAGUUCCUAUAAUGGCAAGGGGCCGGGGAGGUUCUAA